AUGUCCAUUACUUCCAUGCUCAUCCAGUCCCACCUGGCUGUAACCUGUGCUUUACUGCUGGUCACUCUCGCUGCCGUCCGCUGGCACAUCAGAGAUUCCUACAAAGUGGAUGGCUUCAGCCAGAAGCACGUGUUCAUCACCGGCUGUGACAGCGGCUUCGGGCAUCUGCUGGCCAGGCAGCUGGAUGGAAAAGGCCUCCACGUCGUGGCUGCUUGUCUCACAGAGAAAGGGGCGGCAGACUUGACAGCAGCGGCCUCCUCCAGACUGAAGACCCUUCUGCUGAAUGUUACAGACAGUGCGAGCAUCGGGAGGGCGGUGGAGUCGGUGAGCAAAGAGGUCGGAGAGCGAGGUCUGUGGGGUCUGGUGAACAAUGCUGGCAGGUCCGUACCCAUCGGUCCAACAGAAUGGAUGAAGCUGGAGGAUUUCACGAAGGUUCUUGAUGUGAAUUUAAUAGGAGUUAUUGAGGUGACGCUCCAGUUUCUGCCUCUGCUGAAAAAGGCCCAGGGCAGGGUGGUAAAUGUGGCCAGUGUACUGGGCAGACUGUCUCUCACUGGUGGAGGAUACUGCCUCUCCAAAUGGGGAGUGGAAGCCUUUUCCGACAGCCUCAGGAGGGACAUGCAUCCCUUUGGCAUCAAAGUGAGCAUUAUCGAGCCGGGCUUCUUCAAGACAGCUGUUACCAGACUGGAUCUUAUUGAAGCUGACCUGAGGAGGCUGUGGACCCGCCUCCCGCAGGAUGUCAAAGACUCCUAUGGAGAGACAUACUUUGACGACUAUGUGAAAGCUCAGAACUUCUCCAUGGGCCUCUUGUGCAGUCCAGAUAUCUCUAAGGUGACAAGGUGUAUGGAGCACGCGCUGACAGCUCGCUUCCCACGCACACGUUACAGUGCAGGCUGGGAUGCCAAGUUGUUUUGGAUUCCUCUGUCGUACCUCCCUUCAUGUGUGUCGGACUUUGUUACCAACAUGUUUCUUCCUUUACCCAAGAAUCAAAGAAAUGUCUAA